UGCCUGACCGCAGUGUUAGCCUCCGGAUUGGCUGAGCAGUUGUUAGGACUGUUUACAGGAAACAUGGCUUCCAGGUCUGUUGGAGAGCUUCAAGAAAUGGAAGUGGACAGAAGGGGUGAGUCUGAGGAGUCUGGUGAUGAUGAGACCAGGAGGAGGAGUAUCAAUGGCGAUGUGGACCCCAAUCAGCCCGCUACCACAAGUAAAGAAGAGUCUCCUGUUGACAUGGACACCAUAACAUUGGAUCCAGAGGAAGAGGAUGUUGAUCUCGUUCAUUGUCGUAUUGGGAAGAUUGAAGGAUUGGAGGUGCUACAGAAGGCUAAAACACUCUCCUUACGCCAGAAUCUCAUCAAAAAGAUAGAAAACCUCGACAGUCUGAACUCACUGCAGGAACUAGAUCUCUAUGACAAUCAGAUCCGCAAACUGGAGAACCUACACCACCUCACAGAGUUGGAGCAGCUCGACGUAUCCUUCAACCUUCUGAGGAAGGUGGAGGGUUUGGAGCAGUUGACUCGGGUGAAGAAACUGUUUCUGCUACACAACAAAAUUAGCAGCAUUGCCAACCUGGAACACUUAACAAGCCUGGAGAUGCUGGAGCUGGGCUCCAAUCGCAUCCGGGUCAUAGAGAACCUGGAUACACUUGCGUCUUUGCAGAGUUUGUUUCUUGGCACCAAUAAAAUAACUAAACUUCAGAAUCUGGAGGGUUUACACAACCUGACUGUUUUAAGCAUUCAGAGUAACCGGAUUACUAAAAUUGAGGGUCUACAGAACCUUGUCAGCCUGAAAGAGCUCUAUCUGAGCCACAAUGGCAUUGAGGUCAUUGAGGGCUUGGAGAACAAUAAAAAGCUUACAACCCUGGACAUUGCAGCCAAUCGAGUAAAGAAAAUUGAAAACAUCAGUCAUCUGACAGACCUGCAGGAGUUCUGGAUGAACGAUAAUCAGAUAGAUAACUGGUCAGAUCUUGAUGAGUUGAAGAACGCCAAGUCUCUGGAGACGGUCUAUCUCGAAAGAAACCCUCUACAGAAGGAUCCACAAUACCGGCGGAAGAUCAUGCUGGCGCUGCCCAGUGUACGCCAGAUCGACGCUACCUUCAUCCGCUUCUAAACUGCAGUGUACAGUUCACCUGCCAACUUGUGUUCGCCCUCACCUCCCAGCCUGCCCUACCUACAAACACAGUGUUCAUCUUGAAACAAGCUGGCCUCACUGAAUCAUAUAGUCACUCCAUACACAGAUAUACAUUCCAACAUUUCACUCACCCAUGGCUCACUCAACAUGCAUGUAUGCACUCAUUCACACCUUGAUCUAUGCUACUGUGGGGGAAGCUUAUUUAUUGAACUGUAUGAACUGUUAAUAUGAUUUUCCUUAAAAGUACCCUUCACCCAUUUCCUCACGUUUCCUCUGCAGUUAUUUUUCUUUUAUUGUUUUGCAUGUGGGAUACAGGAUGGAGAUACCUUCUUUCCUCAGUCAUGCGGUGCCCAUAAGCGCAAUAAGAAAUCAGUCUUUAGCACGUUGUUGAAGUUGCACUGCUAUCAUGAGUGAGGAAAGGCUGGCAUUCUUAACUAUCUAGGGCAAUUUGAUGAGAGAGAUGAGUUGAGACUUGUCUCACGAGGUACACAGUGGGUGAAAGAACAAUUAAACAUCAACAUUAAAGGGAAAGUCCAUAAUAAAAUAUAAGUUAACUAUUUUAAUCUUCAGAAUACUGCUUAUCCUCUCAUUUGGUUCCAACACACUUCAAACCCGUCCUGAACGUGUUAGCACAGAAAUUUCAAAUUAAGCCUAAAAUGACGCCGAAAACAGCAAAAACUGAUUAAUUGUUUUAAUAAACUAGCAUCCUUACUGAUGAAGGGCAAAUUUUGUUGCUCCGUAGCCUCGUCUGUUCCAUUAGGCCCAUUUUCUGAUUAAUAAGAGUGACCUCUGCAGUAAAAUAAAGCUCAUAAGAAUGUAAAAUCAUGUAAUGUGUCCAUAAAGAUGCUUUUGUAACCGGUGAUCACCCACCUUAUUUAUUGACUUUGCUCCUUGAACAAAUCUUUGAUUACUGCUUUGGUUCCCUUUUGAUACUUUUUUUUUGAGGUGAUAACAUUAAAAUGUAGAUUGUUAUUGAAGUGAAUUUACUUCCUAAUGGCAGGACUGGUCUCACACUAUUGUAAGAUAAAUUACUUCAUACUCAGACAUUUUUAAUACACAUUUAGAGAUUUAAACUUGUCAAAUUAAAAAAUUGUCACAGUAAAGUGAUACAUUCUGUUGUGUUCUCAUUUGGCCUUCAAUAUUUCUUAAAAAUUGAUAUUCAGGUAUAUCUAAGAUGACCACCUUGAACAAAACCUGUAUAUAAUGCUUGAGUGCACUUGAUUUACUCCCUGUUAAAAUUAAAAACUGAUGCAGCUUUUAUAUUAAAAAUAAUUUCCCACCUCAGGGCUAAAAGGUCACAUGUGGACACAGUACAGAGGCAGCAGACUUCAGUGCACUGUCGGGUUUACAUGGAGAAUGCUAAGCUAAGUGCUUUCUGUGUAAUGUAAGAUAUUGACCAUAAUCUAAUUCCUUUUACCUCGAUGUAUAGGGGGCCUUCAGAUUGUUAAAGAGGCUUGAGUUAAUAUUGCAUCUCCCUUUGUAGGCGAGGAAAUAACAGCAUAAUAUGCUGGUUUGUAUCGUCUUUGUCUUUAGCUGACAAUUUGCUCUUUUUCAAUGGAAUUGAAAUUAUGAUUAUAAACCUUUUAAAUCCAGUUGUUCAUGGUUAGUGAUCUUGACCAUAACUCAGCUGUAGAACAUGUAUGAGCCCAUAUCAGACUAUCAGCAAAACUGAAGCAUAUUGUGCAUUAUUGAUAUGAAUUUAAUGUUAUUUUUAAUUCAGCUUUAAGUAUAAUGACUUUAUAGUUGACUAGUGGUGUUGGAAGUGUCACUUUGUGUAUUUGUAAAUAUAGUUUGGACAUCUCAUGAUGUAGAAAGUCAGUGCCAUCUUCAUCUUCCCUUUAUAUAGUGAAAUCCUUUUUUUUUCUUGUUUAUGCCAGGCAGCACAACAAAUUUGUGAGAGAUACCAUAAUUAAGAUAACUUGACCUUGAUGGGUCACUGAAUGAGCAAUUAUUCAAAUUGCUAAUAGCUCAUUGUUGUUAAAACGGAGUCUUCAGGUUUUGGACUUGGUUGACGCUGUUUUCAAACUGAAUGUAUUAUGCAAAUAACAAUAAAAUUACACUACUUAAAGAG